CACCAACUUCAUCCGUGGUUUAAACCGGGAAGUGACGGGUAUCUCGGGUGUCUCGGGUUACCCUUGCAGUACAUUCAUUCUUAACGUCCGAGGGCUCAAGAAGGCUGUGGAACAUGAUGUUCUGGGAAACGUGCUAUUUAUAAUGUGACAGACGUCUACAAACUCCUGCGACGGACAGUUAGAAAAGUUUAUAGAUUUGUGACAAUCUGACGUUUACAGAUUUUUUACGGAACAAUGAUAUAGUUAUACGUUUGUGACGGACAAUCGAGUGUUAACAGAUUUGUUACGGAACAAUAACAGAUGCUUAUAGAUUCCCGACGGGCAACCAGAUGUUUUAUAGAUUUGCGAUAGACAAGCAGAUGUUUCUGGAUGUGCAGGGAACAAACAGAUGUUUACCUCGGACAAUCGGAUGUUUAUAGAUUUCAGAUAGAGAAGCAGAUAUUUAUAUCUUUGCGAGACACAAUCAGAUGUUUGUAGAUUUGCAAGAGACAAUCAGAUAUUUACAGAUUGUAACAAUCAAAUAUCUGUAGAUGCAACGGAAAAUCGAAUGUUUAUAGGUUUGCCACUGACAAUCACAUAUCGAUAGAUUUGCGACAGACAGUUGGAACUCUACAAGAGUGCGAAGAGCAAUCAUUUUAAAAGAUAUAUCACGAUGGCGUUGGCGAAAUCGACACCCUUACGGUUCUCAAGCGUUCACGGGCAAAAUGUUCUCCUGGGCGACAAAAUGUCCACGUCCACUUGGGAAAUGUCUGCACAUUGGGGAACCUGCGUCACAAACCGACAGCUUCUGAAAGGGGAGAUAAUCGAGCUGGAACUCACUGGCAGUGGGCACAUGUUCAUCGGAUUACUCAGAUCGAAACCAAAUGAAAAUGAUAUUUUGGGGAAAAAAUCCCCGGUGAGGAUCGUGGGAGACAACUGGGUCCACUUCCGGUUAAAAAAGAAUAACUUUGUCGUAAGACUGGAAAAGACGUCCACGAAGGAAGUGACGUUCUACUCAGGGGGAGAUAACAAAUCGGAGGUGUUUAAAAUACCUGACUGCUGGUUAUGCUGUGAUUUGCUGUUCGGAGAUAUUGAAGUGAAACUCUUGAGAAAAGACAAAAGUGAUAAAAAAUCAUCGUCAAAGCGAGGCUCUCCUUUCUGUUUCGAUUCUGUCUGCGGUCCGAACGUCAGUCUUUGUUCGAACUCGACUAUCGCGAAGCUAAAACAUAUCAACCCUAGCUCCAUCUGCUGUACAGAUCGCCCCGUGGUUCAAGGGGACGUAAUCGAGAUAAAGGUGGAGCCUAUCAGAGAUGCCAAGUGGACGUACAUCAAAAUAUACAUGAGCAAUUUCAGCUCCAGAGAUCUAAAAAUAGAUCAGGCUGACUUUGAACGCUUGGAACUAGACAAAACGAGGGAGUUACUUCCCUUAACGACGUUGAAAAACACUCAGGCAACGAUCAUUGUUCAAGUUAGGGAAGACAGGAAGAUAACGUACACGGUCUGCGGGGACGAGAAAUUGUGUGACGUCACCGGUCUUGACCUGUCAAAGUCCAUCUAUGUGUACUUUGAACUCUUCCGGGUCAAGUUAACUCUGACGUCAGUUCUUCGUACACCAGACAUGGUCGACUAUCCUAAAAUUAAAGAAAUUAAAGAAGAUGUCGAUGAUGGCUAUUUAACACCAGUUGCCGUUAACACCAAGAAACCCACAAAUAGAACAUCGUCAGGAAAACAGGAAUAUUCCGAAUACUGCAUACUUAUUCCAAACAAUGAUGAACAACAGCCUACCGGAAGACGAGUAAAUUCCGGAAGUGGUGGAGCAGAGGGCGCUAGUGGACCUGAACCGGAAGUAGAGUUAACUGUACGCGAUAUAAGCAAUCAGAUAGCAGUUUUGCGUCGCACGACACGACACGGGCGGACGGACAGGCAGGACGACUGUAACUAUUAUAGGGGAAUGCUAAGAGAUAUGAAAACGAAGCUGAUCUCCAUCGAAUCCUCAUCUUCGAAUAACCAAGUGAUUCUCGACAAGAUCAGUGAUCUGGAGAGGCAGCUGUCAGAAUUCGUGACGUUACAAACACAGCCCGCCCCUAAGUCCAAAGCUCUGUCUACAUCAUCAGAACUAGAAAGCUGCAUCCAAAAUAAUUAUACACGGUUUUUGGAUGAAAUGGAACCAGAUAUCGUCCUGGAUUAUCUCUUCGAAUUUGGCGUCAUUACAUCGGAUCAGAUGUACAAGCUACAAGCGAUGGAAAAGGCAGACAGGCGGAAAAAGAAUCGCGAAAUUCUGCAGCUGAUGCGAACAAAAGCCCACAAGAUAGACUUGUUGAAAAAGGCACUGGUAAAUUCAGGUCAACAGGAUUUAGCAAAUCUGCUUGACUAAAAACACCUCCGUGCGAUUAUUACCAAAAUGAUAUUUUUCUAAAAUAAUACUAAAAAAAACAAAAAAACCCCACCUGAACAAAGAAAGAAAAAAGAAAGAAAGCAUAUCCAAUUUCCAGAUGAAAGGUGACCAGGCGAGAUCGGUGUGCGACCAGACAGGAUUGAUAUCCGAACCGGUACGAUAAUUACAGACCUGGUACGAAGAGACACAUUUUAGAACAAUUAUUACCGAAAAUGGAGACAGGAGUGAAUUUAAAUAAACAAAAAUCUGGACAAUAGCAACAACGUGUAGAAAUAGUUUCAGCAACAUUUAAUUGUUUUAAUAUUUUGAUUACAGUAAUUAAUUAUUAACAGAGUGUAUGCACCUAUUUUAAAUCAACUUCAGUUGCAUCACUGGCUCGAUGGUUAAAGGGACAUACCCUAGUUUUUAAACACUAAGGCAUAUUUUUUACCAUUAUAGCUGGGUUUUUUAUAACUAAAAUUAUACUUUACUUAGAUUUCAUGGUUUAGUUUAUCAUUUUGCUUACAUUCGAAGUGUUUUUGGUUAUCCUGGUGUUUUUAAUAUCACAAAAUGCAUUUCUCAUACUUUUAAAAACGCGUCUGAGAAGUAACAGUCAUGAAAUAAUCACAGUCAAACAGCAGACUACUUGCACGGACAAAUUUCUGUCUGAUCUGAGGCCAACAGUGUUCGCCGGAACCGGUGUAAACGGAAUACAAGUCCACAGGAAUGGUUGUCUUCCCGGACUCUAUUGCAUACAUAACCAGCCUCGGUGGCGUCGUGGUUAGGCCAUCGGCCUACAGGCUGGUAGGUACUGGGUUCGGAUCCCAGUCGAGGCAUGGGAUUUUUAAUCCAGAUACCGACUCCAAACCCUGAGUGAGUGCU